ACAUGCUGAAGUCGUCUUGAUUUGGAUAGCGUGAACGUGGUGAAUCACUCACCGUGGAGAGUCACCAUGCACUGUUUGGAAGCUUGGGCGUGAUACACAAUCUGCUGGGUCACACAUUACAUAGAUUAAGCUAAUUGAAUUUGUGACGUAGGUACUAUGGAGUCACGUGGGGUGCCAAGACUAUGAUGUGAGGUGACACUUAGUGAAACAUGGCGAAAGAUUGUCGACUAGGUGACCUCGGUGACCUAUUGUCUGACAAAACAAAUUUCGAAGAUAGAAUGAAACAGUAUAGAGCGGCCGUUGUCCAACUGGUAGAGGUUCCCGCCGCUAGAGAAGCUUGUCUACAAGUGCUAUGCUAUGCUGCGUUUGACCUGCUGCAACGAGAAGAGAACAAGAGUCCAGCAAGUGUGGAUGGUUUCACAGAGCCUUUGAUGAGUCUGUUCUCUGAAAGCUGUCACGUGAUGCAAAAGUUUUGUGAAUCUGAUGAUAGCGUAUGGACACCUUUUUUGUUCGACUGGUCUCUUGGUCUUCUUGCUGAACUGUGUGGUCUGUAUGAUGGACUGAUUAGGAAAGAGCAACUCUCUUUAGACAAACGCAUACCUUCUUUCACUGAACAUCCAGUUAUUGGAAAAGUUGUGCAGGUGGUGAAGAAGUCUAUGUCAUUCAUAAUGCAGAAAGAUCCAGUCAAGUGCGUAGAUAGACUACUGACUACAGUACAAUCAUAUCGUCCGCACUUUGACUGGAUGUUGGCUCAUUCUGGAGCCAUGUUUUGUGCUACUCUUGUACCGGCUCUGCUUCGACUUGGUCUUACUGAGUUUAUGGAGGCGAAAGGCAGCAUGAGUGAAGAACAUAUACCCAGAAUCAUUCCAGUGUUAGAACAUCUAAUUUUGAGGCAUAGGACGCACUUGCAAUCAGCUUUUAUGGAACUGUUUCAGGAGAGUUUACACUCAGAUCCGUCUCAGUUACAGCUGUAUAUAAUUCCUUUUCUUGUAAAUUUGUCAUUCUGGUGUGCACCUAUUACCAGUCUCUUUCUUGAAGAGGGAGUUGGCCACUUAAAAAUUGAAGUGCUGGAAUUGGUUCACAUGCAGGUGAAACAAUGGACUUUUUCUCACAGUGUGAGAGUUCAACUUAUAUCAAUAUUCAGUCAUCUGCAAAGUAUUCAUGCAUUCACCAUUUUACAAUUCUUAGCUGAUGUAGCUACAGAGUCUGUUGGAAAGGACAUCAUAUCCAAAAUGACUCAGUGUUUUCUGGAUAGUUUGCUUGUUAGAUUGAAUGAACUUUAUUUGAAAGAAACUGUGCCACUUCUGUCAUCUCUACGUCAGCAUGUUAAUGUUAUGACUGAUUGGCUGGUCAAUCUACUAUCAAGCAAUAAAAGCCCGUGGUUGUUGGAUUGGGUACGACGUCUUUUAGUGUUGACUGGAUUGCACAGCGGUCGGGAAGUAUCUGCGUCAAUCCUUAAACAUUUGAUUAAGACAAAAACACAUAAGUCUCUGCCUCCUAUGUUUGCAGAAAUUCAGUGUGUUUUGGAGCAUCAAUUUCCUCGUCUCUUACAAGAAGUUCUGGAUUCGGUUAUAACAGAUCUAGGGAUGAGCCAUUCAUUACGAUCUCAUGCCAAUACUUCGUUUUCAAAUCUUCUCUCUUUUUUGUUACUUGAGAAGGAGAAUCAUGGUCAAUUAGCAAGGUCAAGCUGCAUGAAAGCUCUUCGAAAUCAUGUAGCUGCAUUGGCCUCUGCUUUAUUAAGCAGCCCAUCAGAUGUCGAAUGCAUUUUGCAGAUUUUGUUGCUUUUGUUUGGUCAAAACUUCACAUUAGCAUUGUCUGCUGAAUUGGCUUUGUGUCAUGCUUGUUGUAAUUUCUAUUUCUCUGUACUUUGUGACAAACAUUCACCAUGUUUUGGAAAGAGGCAAUGGUACUUGGAACAAUGCAGACUAUUACUAGCUGUGGUUACAAGACGUACAACUGCACAGUUUCUUGUUGUUCGAUUAGUUGUAGAAGGACUACUGGAAUUGGGCUCUGAAUUGAUUAAAUUGCCGUUGGUAUCAACAACAGGCAGUUUGGAAGUUACUUCCUUAUUAGCAGCCAAUCAAAAGCAGGGCAACUUUCUAGGUCAACGUCAGAUUAGUAGAGCUUUUUCUCAAACAAGUCAGACAGCUAGAGCAAGGCAAUCAAUGGAAAUUACCCAGUUCUCUGAAAGGCAUAUAAUUCUGCAAUCAGUAACUCAGGGAGCAAUUGACUUAUUGCACGUGUGUUGUACUGAUCCAGCUCAAACACAACACACAUUUGCUAGGAGGCUGUCAUGCAAUGGAGCUCUCAGUAUUGCAACUGUGUUAAUAGAUGUAAUUGCACCAAUCCGCAUUCACACAGAAGGCUGGCCAGACGAUGAAGAACUGCUCAAGUUGACAUUAGAAAAAGAUUUAAUGGUAAAACGCUAUUUUAGUAAACAUCCAGUCUUGUGGGAGCUUCUGCUACUCAUUGCACCAGUGCCUGGAGCAUUACUUAAAUGCAAGUCUGUGGUUGCCAGUCUUUUAGCAUCAGAGAUUUCUUUCUGGAAACACUGUAGAAAACAGCAAACAAAACAGGCUUUAAGUGAUCUUCAAGCUACGAUUAAGACAGUUCGAGUGAUUGUUUUAGCUGAAUGGUUACCUCCACAAACAGCUAUAAUCCCAUUCUGUUUUGAGUUUUUAACUCCUGAAGAAACAUGGCAUUUGUUGUUGUCGAUAAUGAGACAUGUUAGGCUUUGUGAUGGAAGCAGUUCUGUUAAGAAUGGAAGUGGAGUUACCGGCAUUCUGGAUACUGUCCGUAACAUUGUGCAAGCCAAUAUUAGCACUCUUGGACACAUUUUUUCUUUAGUUGGAAAGACUUGAAUUCUGUAGAUGUUAUUUGAGAGGUUGGAAUUGAGUUACAAUGGGAAAUGGAAACUAGCCUACAGUGAAGUAGCAACGCCAU